UGCUGUGUGGAUGACUGCCUUACAAAACUGCAAGAGGAGCUCGACCAUAGAGGCCAGCAAAUCAGAGUGGAACGAAACCUGAGCAAAUCGAAAUCGUGCUCCACAGGCAAAGAGAGAUCACCUUAUAUGGGAACAUACAUGGACAAGAAGAUGAAUGCAUCCGGCCUAGCUGCUGAGUUCAGAUCCCAAACAGAUGGAAGACGUUAAUGUGAAAAUGAGAGCAUUUAGGAAGCAAAGACACCAGUUACUGCAGCUUGUCUUAUGCAAUCCAGGAUCAGAUAGUGGCCUCACACCUGCUCCUUGACCCCCUGAGCCAGAUGCCAGUGGUUGGCUUGCAGCACAUUGAGCAGCUUGUGCAUGGAACUAUGGAGUAUCAGAAGCUGGAGCCAAAGUGCAUAUUUUGUGUUGCCUCCAGUCAGAGCAGGGACUUUGUCAGCCAGCUGAACUCCCUUUGAAUCCCACCUGACACAAAACCAUCCUGAGACCAAACAGGACCGUGGCCCAUGCAACCUGAGGUAAAGAAGGUGUUUGGCAUCCUGUCUGCCGUUUCUUCAUAUUAGUUGUGAUUAAUAUCAGUCCUUGACCCACUGCCUGCCUUUCUGUAGAAGGCCUGGGGAACCAUGGUACUCGCAUGGGUUUCUGCCUGUACCUUUAAGUGGUGUGGCUUGAGAAGGAUGCAGUAGUAGAAGACAGCACCAACCAGUUGCAGUUUUCAGAAACUUCGUUUUCAAAGGAAGUGCUAACAAUGGUCUUGUGUGGCAGGCUGAAGGAUCCGUUUCAUUAUGACUCUCCAAAAUUGAUCCGCUUUCAGAGCAUUGGAUGUGUAUGCGUGAAGUGGUUCAUUUAUGUAGUUAUUGCCAUAUAUGUUUGUUAUACCCUCAUCGCUCACAAGCGCUAUCAGGAGAAGGAAGAAGUUACCAGCUCAGUUCGCACUAGUGUGAAGGGAGUGGCUCAUACACUCAGCAGGAUCUGGGAUACAGCAGAAUAUGCCAUACCAAUGCAGUCAAGAGACUCUUUUUUCGUGAUGACCAACAUCAUUCAGACAGACAACCAGCUUCAAGGGAGAUGCCCUGAGGCUCCCUUUGCCAAAGCUAUCUGCUCUACAGACAAGUCCUGUGAAAAAGGGAGUGCAGAUAUCCACGGUAAUGGAGUUAAGACAGGAAAAUGUGUGUGGUAUAAUGCAACUCUUAAAACCUGUGAGAUCAUGGCAUGGUGCCCUGUGCCAAUGGAGGAACACCCCCCCGUGCCUGCUGUUCUGAGGAGUUCUGAAGACUUCACAGUGCUAAUAAAGAACAACAUUCACUUCCCAAAAUUUAAUUACAUCACACAAAAUAUUUCACCAAAUUUCAAUUCUUCCUGCACAUUCAACAAGAUAACUUCCCCACUCUGUCCAAUAUUCCGUCUGGGAGAUAUCCUUCAGGAAGCAAAAGAGAACUUUUCAGAGGUGGCAGUAAAGGGAGGAAUAAUUGCCAUUGAGAUUAAAUGGGACUGUAACUUAGACAGCUGGUCUUACUACUGCAGUCCAGAGUAUGGUUUCCGCCGCCUUGAUGACAAAACAAGAAGCCAAUACCCUGGAUUCAGCUUCAGAUUUGCAAGGUACUACAAGCUACCAAAUGGAAAGGAGCAGCGAACCCUUUUCAGAGUCUAUGGAAUACGGUUUGAUAUCUUCGUCUUUGGCACAGUAAAUGCAAUUGUUUUUCUUUGUGGAGGGAGGAGAGAAGAAAACUUACUAUUUCUUUAGUCCUACGUCUGCCAUAUAUACAUAUACCCCUUUCUUCUGUCCAUCAUUCUGGAAUGGGAGUCAUGUCAGAUUAGUAGAUCUAAACUCAACUGGCAUAGGAGAAUAAAGCUGAGAAUGAAAUAGCAGGGUUGAGAGAGGCAGGAUUGUUGUUUAGACAAAGAAUAACAAGUAUCUUGUCUAUCAUGAACCCUGUGUGUCACCACUGUUUCCCUCUCGAAUUGCUUAUUUUCCCCUGCUAAGUGUUAGAGAUAGUUUAUGUAAUCUUGGGAUUGGAUGAAUGAAUCAUUGUAAAAGGACAAAAAGAGAAAUGGCAUUCAGAUGAGUGAAUGGUUAUAGAUCUUGCUUCCCAGAUAUUCUUUUAUGC